AUGAAGGUUACUCUCUUUUCGGCUCUGGCUGCCGUCGCCAGCGCAGCCGUCCUUUGGGAUGGACGAUUCAACGAUCUAGGCACAUCAGCCGACUUAAACAAAUGGUCGUGGGGGAACCAAGUCGGACCGUACCAAUACUACAUCCACGGAUCGGGCUCAGUCGAAAAGUACAUCAACUUCUCGCCCGACUUCAAGAACCCGGCGGACACGGUAUCGAAACAAGGAGCCAAGUUCACGCUGGACUCGACCGCCUUCUGGAACGGACAGAACAUGCGACGCAUCGAGCUGAUCCCCCAGACUAAGGCUGCUAUCAACAGCGGCAAGGUGUUCUACCACUUCAGCAUAAUGCGCAAGGACACCAACGCCCCGUCUAAGAACCGCGAGCACCAGAUCUGCUUCUUCGAGAGCCACUUUACCGAGUUGAAGUACGGUUGGAUUUCCGGCGAACAGGGCACCGAGAAUGUGAACUUGCAGUUCAUGGUCUCGCAAAACUCCAAGUGGAAGACGGAGUGGAAGCCCAACGUAUGGCACAACGUGGCUUUCGAAAUCGACUUCGGCAGCGGCUCGGUCGGCUUCUGGCACUCGGAGGGCGGCGACGCGCUGAAGCAGCUAGUAGCCCCCGUCAAGACGUCAACUUCGUCUAACGGCGCCGACUGGCACCUGGGUAUUCUCGAGCUGCCGCGCUCUGGCUACUCCGACGGCGUUGAGGACUUCUUCUUCUCGGGCGUGUAUGUCGAGAGCGGUACCAUCACCACUACUAUCGGCGGUCCUGCUGCGUGA